UGUUCAUCAAACACGUUUGGCACUUUCGGCUCGAUCGAGUAGUCGGCCAUUUUCCCCAAAACCUUAGAGGCGAGUCGCUUUGCCGAAUAAAACAACAUCCACCAUGGGCGUCGAUAUCGAACACAUUUCUGGCGGUGAUGGCUCAACCUACCCGAAGACGGGACAGACCGUUGUUGUGCACUAUACUGGAACAUUAGAGAACGGAAACAAAUUUGACUCUUCUCGCGAUCGCGGUGUGCCAUUCAAGUUCCGCAUUGGAAAGGGCGAAGUUAUCCGAGGUUGGGAUGAAGGAGUUGCCAAGCUGAGCAUUGGCCAAAGGGCAAGACUUGUCUGCUCCCCAGACUAUGCAUAUGGUUCCAGAGGCCAUCCUGGUGUCAUCCCACCAAACUCCACCCUCAUCUUUGAUGUGGAGCUAUUGAGAGUAGAGUAGAUGGAUUGUACGAUCCGAACGUUCAGCUCUAAACACUAAUAUGUCACGAUCUUAGUUACGAAUUGAAUUCAGUACAUAACCAUUCUGCAUUUACUAGAUAACUUGAUAAUCUGAUGAUUCGAAAAGCAAUUGAAUUGUUAAGUGCAUUUAACUACUAAGCAACCUGCAACAAAACAAACUAAAUGAUAUACUUACAUAUACAUAAUGACUUACGCAAAAAUUCAGUCAGGGCUACACAAAUUUUACAUGUUUAUAAAAUGAAUAAGCAGUCAAUAACAAUCAAACGUGGACUUCUAUGAAGUAUCAUCCACACAAGCAACAUCACCACGCAGCAUGUAACUUAAAUACGACUAUAUAUGAUGUUCUUUUGUAAGUAUUUAUUUGAAUACUUCCCACCGUUCAGCGGGGUACUUCGGUAAAUACGUGUGUAGAGAAUAUGCUUCAUGUUUGAUUUCAAUUCAUUGCAAUCAGGUAUUUGUGUGUAAUGUGAAUGUCCCAAAAAUGAAAAAAUAAUGAAAUAAAUGUCGAAAGAAAUGCAAACAAA